ACGCACUUAGAGAUUCCCUCGUAACAUUAUUUUCCUCGCCAAGUUGAAUCUUUACUCUUCUCAUUCUUCAUCUUCUUCCCCUUCUCCCCCCCCCCCCAAACCAAAUCUUCUCCCGAAUCGUUAUCUGCAACUUUGAAACCAGUAAAAUCUCAUUACGAUUCUGCGAACAUUUCAACUGGAUUCAUCUCUGCCGUUUCGAUUUUCGCGUAUCUCCUUUGGAAAGAGCAUGAUGAGCUGGCUACUACUUUGGCGAUGAAGUCACUUGAAUCAUAUGCCCUUCAGCCAAUAAUCUGAUAAAGCUCAAGUUCAGAUUGUGUCUCAGGAUUUAUAGAUUUGUUAAGCUCUGUAAAAUGGGAUGCUUUGCAUCAACACCAAAGGAUACUGGUGGGAACAGAAGAAAGCCAGCCAGCAUCGGUGAGGUUUCGGUAUAUGUGCCCGGUUUAAGGAUACCAAAGCCUGUAGAUUUUUCUCAAUCACUUGGUGAUCAAUUGCCAAAGACCUUUAUAGAACGCCUAACGGCAUUGAGAACACGUAUAGUUGUGAUGGCUAAUCAAGAAGGACCCACCAUCACAAGAACUAGGAGGAAGAGUGCAACACAACAUGGAGGCUCAACACUAUCUGAUCUCCAUCAUGCUUUGGAAGAUUAUCUACCUGUUCUCUUGGGAUUAACUAAAGACGGAAGUCAUCUGCAAUUCAAAGUACAGUUUGUUUGGGUAAAUCAGGAGGAUGAAGCAGAGGAGACUGCCAUGUCAAACGUUUGGUAUGAAGUUUUGUCGGUUUUGCAUCUUAUGGCAAUGCUACAAUUAUCACAAGCCAAUCUACUUCUUCUUCCUAGAGGUUCGACCGAUGGCUACCAUUCAAAAGUAUCAGAAGAAAACAGGCGAGCUUCAAUUGAUAUAUUCUUAAAGGCAGCAGGAUACCUUGACUGUGCUGUUAGACAUGUUCUCCCUCAUUUGCCUGCCGAGCUAAGGAGAAGCUUACCAGUUGACCUAGCGGAAGGAGUCCUACGAGCUCUUUGCUUGCAAGCACUAGGCCAGGGUGUUGAUAUACAACUCGGAAUGGCGAUUGAUAGCACAAAGGCCACUCUUGCUGUGAAGCGAAGACUUUCAUGUGAAAUGGUGAAAUACUGGCAGCAGGCACAGGAUAAUUUGAUGAACCUUCCAUUGGCAAAUGGGUGGGGCGAGAAGCAUAGGCUCUUCGUAAAAUGGAAGUAUGUUGAAGCAAAGGCAGGGGCAUACUACUAUCACGGUCUGAUUCUUGAUGAAGGAAACACAGAGAAAUCACACGGCAUGGCAGUGGCUGCACUCCAGGCUGCCCAUGAGUAUUUCUCUGAGAGCCUCAAGUCUUGUUCCUCUUUCCACUCCUCCCCUCCCGUUUCCAGGAAUCCGCCGCUCUGGGGCACGAUGAAGUAUCUCUCCGAGAAAAUUCCGAAAGAUACUUCGAGUAAAGUCCGGAUUAACCGAGACCUCUACUCUUAUGAAAAAAUCAUGGAGACAGCACCCACCCUCCCUGAUUUCGCUUUGGCAUUGAAACCCGACGAGUAUCAGCUUCCUCCGAUCGAUGCUUCAUUGUCUGAAGACAAUCUACAGGCUCAAAACGCUUCAAACCACAUCAAGGGCAACCGAAGAUAAGAACAGAUAUAAGAUUUUGAAAUGGUACUUAUAGAGGAAUGGGCCAAUUUCAAAGCCAACGGCCGCAAGAAUUCCGGUAUGUCUAUCUGAUUUCUAUUCGGGUUUCGAAGUUUCAUCCUCCUCCUCCUCCUCAAACGCUAACACAUCCAAAUACUUUGUACCAAUCUAUUUCUGUAAUGUAAACCUUAAUUUUAUCCAAAUAAAAGAAGAUACAGGUGUUUUUUCCUAA